CUAUACUGCCUAUGCCACGGGCCGGCCCUGAUUCUUCUGAUUAAUCAACCCAGCUGUGCGUGACAGGCGGGGGAUCUCGCUGUUCUCUCCUCGGUUGACUGACUGUAACCUAAUCCUGGUCCCGGGGGUCUGAAGGGCCCUGGGCGACACGUCUCUUUCAUCCCUUCUUCCAUUCUUUCCGAGGAAACACAGAAGAGCUUAUUUCGCACGGCGCGCACAUCGGGGGACGGGGACAGACCGACGAGGACGCGGCUACCAGCCGGUAGCCUGAGAUUUUACACUGCGGGACCGAACAGCCAGACUCCCAGUCUGAGUCCUGCUCCAUGUCUUCAGUGUCGGUGUCCUCUCAGGAGGGGCGGAGCAUGUCCAGGAUGUCUCUGCGCUGCUCACCUGUGUCGCCCAUGACCGCCCAGGGCAUCCCGUCGCCUGCCCAGCUCACCAAGGCCAACGCCCCGGUUCAUAUUGAUGUGGGGGGGCACAUGUACACCAGCAGCUUGGCCACGCUAACCAAAUACCCAGAGUCCAGGAUCAGUCGUCUGUUCAACGGGACCGAGCCCAUCGUGUUGGACAGUCUGAAACAGCACUACUUCAUCGAUAGAGAUGGAGACAUCUUCCGCUACAUCCUCAGCUUCUUGCGGACCUGUAAACUGCUCCUGCCAGAAGACUUCAAGGACUUCCCCCAGCUGUACGAGGAGGCUCGCUACUACCAACUAACUCAGAUGGUUCGGGAGCUGGAACGCUGGAAGGCGGAGCGGGAGGCCCAGCGGGCAUCACCCUGCGAGUGUCUGGUGGUCCGGGUCACGCCCGACCUGGGUGAGAGGAUCGCUCUGAGCGGGGAGAAAGUCCUGAUCGAGGAGGUCUUCCCCGAGACCGGAGACGUCAUGUGUAACUCUGUGAACGCCGGCUGGAACCAGGACCCUACCCACGUCAUCCGCUUCCCCCUGAAUGGAUACUGCAGGCUCAACUCAGUGCAGGUCCUGGAGCGUCUCUUUCAGAAGGGCUUCAGCAUCAAGGCGUCCUGCGGCGGAGGAGUCGACUCGUCCCAGUUCAGCGAGUACGUCCUGUGUCGUGACCUGCAGCACUGCCAGUCCCUCACCAGCACCCCAAUCCGGAUCAAACAGGAACCCCUGGACUGAAAACCGCCAACACAGGAACUACAAACUGUAUCUCAGUGAGUGUACUCGCAUCUGGAUCCUGCCAAGGUCUCAGCAGGUGCAGAGAAAAAUCACGUUGAGACCCGAAGACCUGAGGAGGUCACAGAAGUGGCGUUCAGAGACCUUUGACCUCUGGAAAUCAGAACAGGCUGUGAGAGAGCUUCAGCGUGGAUCCAGUGUUUUUCACUGGGAGUCUGACAACAUCUGUAAAACCAAACUCAGCUUUCACAUGUAAAUUAUAUUUGUAACAAGAUUCAGCUUUGUUUGAAAGGAGCAGCUUUAAUACUGUGUGUGUGUACAGAUGAAUGGAAAGGUAAUUUUUAUAAGUGUACAGAUGCCACAGGGCACAUAAUUUAAUUCUUUUUAUAUAACUGCCAUUUUGAAAAUUUCUAUUUAAAGUAUUAACUUGCGUUGUCUGUUUCUCAGCUGGUAGAGAUGUAUUGAUCACGGCAUCUUGAUGAUCAAAUCCUACACAAUCCAAAUGAGCACAAACCUGAUUCUUUCUAAUUUUCUUUAUUUCUUUUUUUUGCAAAGGUACAAACAACUGUAAAAUUGCAUUGCCUGAAAUACAUCAGGAUUGAAUACAGAAUGUGGGAAAUAUAAAUAGUCGCAAAAAUUGUCCUUCCAA